AUGGACAACGAGGCUACGUUCGCCAUCAUUGGUGGUGGCAUCGCGGGCACUGUGCAAGCUAUAUGUCUUGCUAGAGAAUUCCCAUCGCUCAGGAUCUAUCUCUUUGAGAAGGAAGGUCAACUGCUGGACGGAACCAGCGGCAUGAAUCCCGGGAGACCAACGCUCGGCUUCCAUUAUCAACAUCUGGAUACGGCAACCUUCUGUCUGGACAACACGGUCAAAUUCACCAAGUUUCUCUACAAUCUUGGCUGUCGAGAUAUCUUUGCCAAAGCGCCACAAGGGGGAGUAUAUGUCCUCAUGAAAGGUUGCGUUCAAGUUCUAGGACAGUCCGUCGGACCAGUCUUCAGUCCAGAGGAGAUCAAGUCUGUCUUUUCUGAAAUCAGGGCCCACGCCAUAAUGAACUACUCUGACGAUUGGCACUACUUGACACACUUUGGAAAGCCGGACGAGAUAUACAGAGAACUACAGAGGUCUGACUACGAGCUUCUACUUACCCCGUACCUCCUGCGUGGCGUAGAUUCAUGUUACGAAACCGCCGAAAAGACAUUCAACGUGCCGGGAAUAUGCUCCUUUCUACGCGCCAACGUUGCAAAGUACACAAACAUCACCGUUCUCACUGGAUGCUUCGUGACGAACACCGAGCAAGUCCGACACAUCGAUGGCCACGACAACACUGCAACAGCGCCCCCCGCAGACAGGGUGCACUUGUCCAGACGUCUGGCUUGCCAAAACCGGGAAGACACCGCGACCUCGGAGGCCGCCAUCCAGCUGUUCCAGUACCGCGCGCACGCGAGCUACAUGCAUGGGGUCCCACAAGUCUCCCACUUGCCUGCCCUUGUUCAGUUUAAUGUCAUGACCGCCUUGGCGCGCAAUGCCGAGCUACUCGGCUUCUCGAAGGAAUAUCUCAAUUAUGACGCCAUUUCGACAUUUAACAAGCAGGGACCGAUGCUUGGCCUGACGGUGAACGCGAGUAAUUGGCCUGCAAGCCUGCAUCCCACGCCCUUGCAAGCCCUGCUCGAACACCACCCUUGGAUUGACCUCUUCCCUCUGCCGCGCAUGCGUGACAACUUCCUGCGAGCGAUUCAAGACCCGGACAUAUGCGACGAGGACGUGCUGUGCCACGAUCUGGCGCAUUUCGAUGACGUGGCCGGCAAAGCCACUCUCAUAGUUUGGGGUGACGCCUGGGACUCGCGUUGCUGGGAGGCCAGCGAGGCUUUUCUGGAGAAAUGGGGAUGGCUGCUGUUUGGGUGUCCUGAAAUAUUCCAGGCGACAAACUACUGGCGCGACAGGAGAGGCGAGGGGAGGCUUUCGCCGCAGCAGAUAAGCGCAUACAUGGAACGGAGCAGACCUGCACAGCUGCUCGCCAUACGGCCGACGCAAGAGUAG